UAUUUUAAAAUAAUUUCAUAUUUAUAUUUAUCAUUAUUAGUUCAGAACGUUAACUUAAUACGUUUUUACAAGUGAAUAGAAAAGUUUAUAAAUAUAUUAUCUUCUAUGUGUUGUUAUUUAAAUAUGAAAAUUAAUUAUUCCCAACUGCCUAUAAAGGCACAUUACUUUUUCUUUAUGGCAGCCAUGGGUCCCAUCGUGCCAUAUUUGUCAGUUUAUGGCAAGCAACUUGGUGUAUCAUCAGUAGUUAUAGGUAGCAUCGUCGCAAUUUUGCCUAUUGCAUAUUUGAUCGCUACAAUAAUAUUUGGUUACAUCGCGGAUUACUUUAAUACCUGGAGAAAAGCGAUCUUUGUGACUAUUCUCGUCUUAACAACUGUAUUUUACAUUUUUUUAUACUUUUUACCGUCUAUACCAGAACCAAUAUUAUCAGAUCAUCCAUUUCAAAAUGUCUCCUGCGAAUCUUUGCAACCGUGCGAUGAAAGUUACUAUGCCUCAAAAGUCGCAUCGUGUAACGAUACGAAAAUACUAUAUGUCAUUGGAUGUGCAAGGAUACAAAUUUUUCCACACGAUUAUCUUUUCAUGCAAUCGAAAAAGAAUCAUAUUUUUGUUACAGCUGCCGCAAAUGUUGAACUCGACAAAUAUAUUAAAAGACGUCUUGUCUUUAUUAGGUAUGUAGAAGAUCUUGCUAUGAUGACCGGUUACAUGAGUGAAGUUAAAUUAAUAGAGGGUUUGAUAGUAGCCGCGGCGUUUCUCGGUAGCAAAAUAAUAUUCUUCUUCAUGGCAGGAAAAAUAUUGAGGAAAUUUGGAUAUGGUUAUACACUUACAUUUACAUUUGCAUGCUAUAUGAUAAGGUUGAUAUUAAUAUCCGUGGUACCAACGCCAUGGUACAUAGUUCUAGUAGAAGUUAUCCUUCAAGGGCCAUCAUACGCACUUAAUUACUCAACAAUAGUAAUGUAUGCGAGCAUAAUAUCACCACAUGGCACGUCGGCUACUGUUCAAGGAAUUACAGCAGGAAUGAAGGAAGGUGUUGGAUAUGCAAUUGGUGGUUUCACAGCUGGUAUCUUAUAUAGAAAAAUUGGUGGUCGGAUAACUUUAAGAAUAUAUGCUGGACUCGCAGGACUUUGUAUGUUAAUGUUUUUUGUAAUUUACACUCUAUAUCUAAAACAAAAAAUCUUAGACACAAAACACAAUGUUGAAUGGAGAAAACCUGAUGAUGCACAGAGACAUUGUGUUGUAGCAGAAACGUAAUGCAUGUUUACUAUAAUAACUAUAUAUUUGUUAUAAUAAUAUUAUGAAAUUUUAAUUUUAUAUAUAUCUUAUGAUAUAAAACGCACAUUAUAAAUAUGUGAAUUAUAGCGUGUGUAGACUUGAUCGAGACAUUUGUAACUUUCUUCCUUCAAUCUUAUUGUUUGACGUAUUUCGAUAUAAAAAAUAUAUUCUUAAAAGAUAUAUUUUUUGCAUAAACAAAUAAUGAUCACGUAAUUAUAACGUAUAUUAUGUGAUACAUAGCGGAUUUGUUUAUCUACAUUAGGUCAGAUUAAUGUGCAUUAAAAAUUGCUAUUCUGCACACAAUGAUUGUACAACUUGAUUGAAUAUUUUGUCAAUGUAACUGAUUUAAAUUAAAGGACCAAAGCCUCAAGUAAAGAUCAAUAAUCAUCGACCGCACACUGAUCGUUCUGUUUCGCAGAGAAAGCAGCUUUGCAACUAUGUUAGAAUUUUUGGUAUGAUUGGUUCUUGCUUUCAGUUUAAUGUAUGGAUCCAAAUGUAUAAACCAAUCAUAUUAUGAUCGCAAAAUAUUAAUUAACUGUGAUUGGUUCAUGCGUUCUUGCGAUUGCACGACUAAUGUCAAACCAACCUUAAAGAAUCACAACUUCGAUUCCUUUCCAAGUGGAACUAUUGUGGUAUGUCAGGUUAUGUUAUGCUGUGUUAUACUUUAGUAAUAAGUAGACUGACAUGUUAAGAAUUUUAAAAUAAUACAAUAAAAACUUACAUUUUUUUCUCAA